AUGUGUCGCUGCAAAAAGAAGGCCAAAGUUGUGCAACCGGCGCCGCCGCCGCCGCCGCCGCCAGCGCCUCCGGCGCCGGCGAAGCCAGCGGCUCCAGCGGCUCCAGUGCCCUCUCCGAAUGCCCCAAUACAGCCCGUACCAAAAGCGGAGGCUAAACAAAAGAAAGUUCUGGUAAGUUGGGGAAAGUAAUUCAUCUAGGGAAGCAAGAAGUCCGAAACUGAUGCCUAUUCCGACACAAAAAUUGGGUAAAAGUUCCUUAUUUUGGCCACAUAACUUUGCGGAAACUGGUCGGAAUUAGCCCAAAUUUGGCGUUCAGGCUCAAUUCUUCGUUGUCAAUGCAAGGACAGUGGAUUUAGAUAGUGAGGUACCUUCUUUUUUACGUACCACGUUAUCCUUCAAAAACGGCUGCAGCCUGCGAUUUUACACUUUAUACGAUGAAACAUGUCCGGAACUGAACUUAUUGCCUCUGUGUAGAACUAUUAUAAAUGAGCCGUCACAGGUUUAGUAGGUACCCUUAAAACUAUAAAGCUACUAUAGUAAUUCAGUGCCAGCUAGGUCGAAGCGUUUUUUCCUAGCUUUAGUGCCCAAGCUUGGGUGCAGUUCGCGGAGUACCUUUGAUGUGGCCAAAAUAAGGAACUUUUUCCAACAUGCUAAUAGCUCGUUUUACAAUGGGUCAAAAUCCCUGCAAAUUGACCUGAAAAUAUUUUGCACACCUCCGUUUUGCACUGUGCAGGUUUUUCUGUUGUCUGCACGAUGCAAGAUUUGGUUUUUCUAUCGCACUGUGCGCCAAAAUUUUUGAAUUUACGAUGAAUUUUUUUGGACCCGUACUUCUUGCUUGACCUUAUUUUGUCACGGUAAAACCAAAAUUAUUGAUAUUUCCUAAUUUAUUCAAAUUUCAGAAGGACUUGGAGGAGAUGUUAUGGAUUCAAAAGGUAUUCUGCGAACUGCGCUAUGUUAGGAAAAAAGGCUUCGGCCUAGCUGGCACCAGAGAUUGCCACGGCUCCGGAGCCGGCUGUUGGCUCCGGCUCUGAGCGGCUCCGGCUCCGAGCCGGGAGCCAGAGCCGGAGCCGGAAAUUUUGGGGUCGACUCCGGCUCCCGAGCCCAGAGUCGGAGCCAGGCUUCCCAGCGGUCAGAAAAGUAAAAAUUUCGUGAUCUUGUUAAACCAAAUUGCUUGAAAAAACACUGCAGAGGAUGUGACUUGGCCGCAAAAACGUUGGCUGUAUGACCUCUGGCACUAAUAACUUUUAUUUUUGGAAAAAUAUUUAAAAAAAAAAACAUUUUGCAUAAGAGCCGGGAUUCGGAGCCGGAGGCCUUUUUAAAUUUUGCACGCAGCCAAGAGCCGGAGCCGGAGCUGCAAAUUUGGCCUCGGCUCCGGCUCUGGGAGCUAAGAGCCGGAGCCGAAAUUUUGACCGUGGCAAUCUCUGGCUGGCUCUGAAUUACUACAGCCGCUCUAUAGUUUUAAGGGUACCUACGAAGGCGAUAACGUCUCAUUUUGUUGGACACGUAGGCAAUAAGUUUAGUUCCGGACAGGUUUCCUCGUAUAAUGUGAAAAAUCGCAGGCUGCAGCCGUUUUUUGAAGGGUAGGGUGGUACGUAAAAAAGAAGGUACCUCAAUAACUAAAUCCACUGUCCGGACAUUGACAAUGGUGAAUUGAGCCUGCACGCUAAAUUUGGACGAAUUUUGACCAGUUGCCGCAACGUUAUAAGUUGUGGCCAGAAUAAGGAACUUUUAUAGAAGUUCAAUAAAACACCCGACGAUCCGAAAAAAGUAAAAUCGACAAGAUCCAAGGCAUUAUCGAAGAAUACAUGCAGUGCCAGAUCCAGUGAGUUUUCUAAACUUAUUCAUUUUGUAUUGAUGUUUUAAGUCGGGUGAUCAGAACGAAAAAAGGUCUGUGGCCACAACGAGUGCUAUAGCGAAUCCAGUUUCUCUGAAUUUUUGAAUUUUUUUGAUGACUUUAUGUUAUACUUGACCAACUGAUGUCUAGUGAGCUUUUCGAUGAUAUUUAAAACAGCUAAGGAGUUCUAAGUGACAUGAAUAGGGCUUAUAAGGGUUUACUAACCUGUGGUAUUUCUUGUGGAGGCAUAUUUUGUUUAUUUUUAGCUUUUUUUGACUUUAUAUAUUAUACUUGACCAGCUGAUGUCUAAAGAGCUUUUUGAUGAAAUUAAAAAAGAAGCUGUGACCUUCUUUAUGACAUGACUAGGGCUUAUAAGGGUUUACUAACCUGUGGUAUUUCUUGUGGAGGCAUAUUUUGUUUAUUUUUAGCUUUUUUUGACCUUAUAUAUUAUACUUGACCAGCUGAUGUCUAAAGAGCUUUUUGAUGAAAUUUAAAGAAGCUGUGACCUUCUUUAUGACAUGACUAGGGCUUAUAAGGGUUUACUAACCUGUGGUAUUUCUUGUGGAGCCAUAUUUUGUUUAUUUUGAGAUUUUUUGAACAUUUUAUAUUAUACUUGACCAGCUGAUGUCCAAAGAGGUUUUUGAUGAAAUUUAAAAGAGCUAAGGAGUUCUAAGUGACAUGACUAGGGCAUAUAAGGGUUUAGUAACCUGUGGUAUUUCUUGUGGAGCCAUAUUUUGUUUAUUUUUCGCUUUUUUUUGACCUUGUAUAUUACACUUGACCAACUGAUGUUGAAGAGGCUAUAAAAUGUUUCUGAUUGCUUGAAAACAUUUAUUUUUGGUUUGCAAAGUGCUGUUCUGCUCUAUAGAUUUGGUUUAUAAGUGAAUUUAGGAUAUUUUGGCUUUUUGAACAGCUAUUCGACUACUUAUAUUACACUUGGCAAAUUGUUGUCCAAUUUGAAUAAAGAAAGUCGUAUCGUUGUUUUUUUCACGUAUUUCCCUCUGCUCGCUUCAUUUUUACAUAUGGUUUUGUCAGAAAAUUCAAAUGCCUUUUUUCCCGCCAUUUUUUUAAAAAAUUGGCAUUCUGUUGCACCAGCGAUUUUUACGAUAAAUCAACUUCCCAUUGGCAUUUCAGGCGACAUCGAGAACCCGUUAGCGAACACGCGCAGAAUUGGGACGACCUCGAUGAUCGAAACCGGCGACACUGCGAUGGCGACAUUGGAGAAAGUUUGGAGACGAAAGGACUAUGUCAAGCAAGUUGACCCUACUCGCCCAAGAGUUUGCUGUUUUUCAGAGAUCCCUCCUUGUCCUCUACCCAAUCCGAGUGCGCUGAAGAUGCUGAAGACGAGCUGGAUUCGGAGCUGGAUGCGGAUCCCACGGACGAGAACUUCAUGUACAACAAGACGGAUAUUUUGUUCUGCCAACAUGACUUGUUUCGAGGUUCUUUUGACAAGACGGAGGAACAGGUGAUGGCGGUCCGUUUUUAUUUGGGUUUUGAUUGUUUUGCGCGGUGAAAUUGUUUGUUUUUUUUUGCACUGUGCGCCGGCGACAACUGUUUGUGCAGAAAAAAAUUUUUGGUUUUUUGCACGGUGCAGAAAAAAAUUUUUGUUUUCUGCACGGUGCAGAAAAAAAAUUGUGUUUUGCACGGUGCAGAAAAAAAAUUUUGGUUUUUUGCACGGUGCAGAAAAAAAUUUCGGUUUUUUUGCACAGUGCAGAAAAAAAAAUUUUUGUUUUUUGCACGGUGCAGAAAAAUUUUUUUGGUUUUUGCACGGUGCAAUGGCAAAAAUAUGAAACUUUUGUCGCACAUGACGAUUUUAUUUUCGUUGCACGGUGCAGAAAAAAUUUUUGGUUUUUUGCAUAGUGCAGAAAGAAAUUUUUGUUUUUUGAACGGUGCAGAAAGAAAUUUUUGUUUUUGCACGGUGCAAUGGCAAAAAUAUGAAACUUUUGUCGCACAUGACGAUUUUAUUUUCGUUGCACGGUGCAGAAAAACAUUUUUGUUUUUCGCACAGUGCAGAAAGAAAUUUUUGUUUUUGCACGGUGCAAUGGCAAAAAUAUGAAACUUUUGUCGCACAUGACGAUUUUAUUUUCGUUGCACGGUGCAGAAAAACAUUUUUGUUUUUCGCACGGUGCAAUGGCAAAAAUUAUGAAACUUUUGUCGCACAGUGCAGCAAAAAAAUUUUUUUGGUUUUUCGGAUUGUAAAAUUUUUUUGCCUGCACCGAUUUUAUUCUCGUGCACGGUGCAGAAAAAAUUCUUGGUUUUUUGCACGGUGCAAUGGCAAAAAAUAUGAAGCCGGCGGCAAUUUUUGUUGCACAGUGCAGCCAAAAUUUUGUUUGGUUCUUUGCACUAUGCAAAAAAUUUUUCCGCCUGCACCGUGCAACUUGUUUUUAAUUUUUGCACGAAAAAAAUUUUUUAAGAUUUUUUCAGUACUUGGCAGAGCCGCGGAAGGUAAUCCCGGAAUUGAAAUGGGACCCAUACACGCCGUUGAGCGACAUGCUCACCCCGGAAAAGGAUUGUUUCUUCAGUCCGCAUACGCUGAGAUGUGGCACCUUGAUUUCAAAUAUCGAGGUAGUUGGGUUCCCUUGUCAGAAAUCACCGAAGGAGCGCUGUAAAUGGGAGUGAGUUUUGAGAUUAUUUGUUUUUGGGGGUUUUUGAAUUUUUUUACAAUUAUAUUUUUAAAAUAAUUUUCCGAAUUUUAGUUCAUUUUUUAUUUUUUUAUAAUUACAUUUUUAAAAUAAUGUUCCGAAUUUUAGUUAAUUUUUUAUUUCUGUUUUUAUUUAAAAAUUUUUUUUUUUAUUUUUUUACAAUUAUAUUUUUAAAAUAAUUUUCGGAAUUUUAGUUUAUUUUUUAUUUUUUUUAUUGUUUAAAAUAUUUUUUUUUAUUUUUUUACAAUUAUAUUUUUUAAAAUAAUUUUAUGAAUUUUAGUUUAUUUUUUAUUUUUUUUUAUUGUUUAAAAUAUUUUUUUUUAUUUUUUUACAAUUAUAUUUUUAAAAUAAUUUUCGGAAUUUUAGUUUAUUUUUUAUUUUUUUUAUUGUUUAAAAUAUUUUUUUUUAUUUUUUUACAAUUAUAUUUUUAAAAUAAUUUUAUGAAUUUUAGUUUUUUUUUUAUUUUUUAAAAUUAUUAAUUUUUUUAAGUAAUUUUUUUGUUUUUUUUAUUUUCCGAAUUUCAGACCACUAGAAGUCGAUGAUUCCCCAAUUGAACUUGAUCUCUUCCCAACCCCCACUGCGGAAAUCCCCGAAGAAUCCAUCGGCGACGUCAAUUUCUUUGAUUGGCCAAGGAAAUCUAAAGGAAUAAAAACCAAGCCGACACAGACAACAGCCACAAAGUCUAGAGAUACGACCAGAACAGGAGAACGGAAAUCCUCCGUAAGAAGCAAGAAAAAAGAGCAUUGA